AUGAACAGGAUCACUUCUCCUUCUCUUGUUCAUCUCUUCCUCCUCCUUUUUCUCCUUCCUUUCUUCGCUUUCUCUUCCUUAGCUCUCAAGGUUUCUCCUCAACUCCUCUCUCUCAUUUCCCUCAAAUCAUCUCUCUCUGGCUCUCCCUCUGCUUUUCAAGACUGGAACGUCCUCCCCCAUGGCCAAAACGAUGCCGUUUGGUGUUCUUGGUCCGGCGUAGUCUGUGACAAUGUCACAUCUCAAGUGACUUCCCUUGACCUCUCUCACCGGAACCUCACUGGUCGUCUCCCUCAACAGAUUCGUUACUUGUCUUCCAGCUUACUCUACUUGAAUCUCAGUCGAAAUUCCUUCGAGGGUCCGUUUCCGACUUCUGUCUUUGACCUCACCAAGCUCACUACUCUCGACAUCAGCCACAACUCCUUCGACUCCAGCUUCCCUCUUGGCAUCUCAAAGCUCAAGUUUUUAACAGUCCUCAAUGCCUUCAGCAACAACUUCGAAGGUCAGCUUCCUUUGGAAGUGUCUCGUCUUCGUUUCUUGCAAGAACUUAACUUUGGUGGAAGUUACUUCGAAGGAGAGAUUCCUCCAGCUUACGGUGAUUUAAAGAGACUGAGGUUUAUUCACUUAGCCGGAAACGCUCUCGGAGGUGACUUACCUCCGACACUGGGACUCUUACCGGAGCUACAACACAUCGAGAUCGGUUAUAACCGGUUUACAGGGAACAUACCUUUAGAGUUUUCGUUACUCUCGAAUCUUACCUACUUGGACGUUUCCAAUUGCAGCCUCUCCGGCUCUCUGCCUCAAGAACUCGGAAAUCUCACCAAGCUCGAGACUUUGUUUCUUUUCUAUAACGGUUUCACCGGUGAGAUUCCGGAGAGUUAUAGCAACUUGAGAGCUCUAAAGUUUCUGGAUUUUUCAAGCAAUCAGCUUUCCGGUGGUAUCCCUCAAGGCUUCUCGACCUUGAAGAACCUCAAAUGGCUUAGCUUAAUCAGUAACAAUCUCUCAGGUGAAGUCCCUGAAGGAAUCGGUGAGCUCCCGGAGCUAACCACAUUGUCUCUGUGGAACAAUAACUUCACCGGAGUUUUGCCGCAGAAGCUUGGAUCAAACGGAAAGCUCGAGACUUUAGAUGUCUCUAACAACUCCUUCACCGGCACGAUCCCGCCUUCUCUCUGCCAUGGAAACAAGCUGUUCAAGCUCAUCCUCUUCUCCAACAUGUUCGAAGGUGAAUUGCCGAAGAGCUUGACAAGGUGCGAUUCUCUGUGGAGGUUCCGGAUUCAGAACAAUCGUCUCAACGGCACGAUUCCGUUCGGAUUCGGCUCUCUGAAUAACCUCACUUUCGUCGAUCUGAGCAACAACAGAUUCACCGACCGAAUUCCGGCGGAUUUCGCCACCGCUCCUGUUCUUCAGUACUUGAACCUCUCAAGCAAUUCCUUCCACAGCCGAUUGCCGGAGAAUAUAUGGAAAGCGCCGAAUCUACAGAUCUUCUCAGCGAGUUUCACCAAUCUGAUCGGCGAAAUCCCUAAAUACGUUGGGUGCAAGAGCUUCUACAGAAUCGAGCUUCAGGGAAAUUCUCUAAACGGAACGAUCCCGUGGGACAUCGGACACUGCGAGAAGCUCCUCUGUUUGAAUUUCAGCCAAAAUCAUUUAACCGGAAUCAUCCCGUGGGAGAUUUCGACGCUUCCUUCAAUCGCCGACGUAGAUCUUUCUCAUAAUCUCUUAACCGGAACAAUCCCGUCGGAUUUCGGAAGCUCCAAGACUAUCACAACGUUCAAUGUUUCCUACAAUCAGCUAAUCGGUUCAAUUCCCGGCGGUUCGUUCGCGCAUCUGAAUCCGUCCUUCUUCUCUUCGAACGAAGAGCUCUGCGGAGAUGUCAUCGCGAGACCUUGCAACUCCGACGCGGCUAGAGAAGCGGAUCAUAACGAGCAGCGGCCGAAAAAAUCAGCCGGAGCUAUUGUUUGGAUAAUGGCGGCGGCGAUUGGAGUCGGAUUCUUCGUCCUUGUAGCUACCACUCGGUGCUUCCAGAAAAGCUACGGAAACAGAGCUGACGGUGGACGAGGCGGCGGAGAGGUAGGACCGUGGAAGCUAACCGCCUUCCAGAGGCUGAAUUUCACGGCGGAUGACGUUGUCGAGUGCCUCUCGAAGACGGAUAACAUCCUCGGAAUGGGAUCAGCCGGAACGGUCUACAAGGCGGAUAUGCCAAACGGCGAGAUAAUAGCCGUGAAAAAGCUCUGGAGGAAAAACAAAGAAAACGGAAAGAUCCGGCGGCGGAAGAGCGGCGUACUGGCGGAGGUCGAUGUCCUAGGAACGGUACGGCACCGGAACAUCGUCCGCCUCCUCGGGUGCUGCACUAAUCGAGAGUGCACGAUGCUUCUAUACGAAUACAUGCCUAACGGAAGCCUGGACGAUCUCCUUCACGGAGGAGACAAAACGACGAACGCGGCGGCGGAAUGGACGGCGUUAUACCAGAUCGCGAUCGGGGUGGCGCAGGGGAUCUGUUAUCUCCACCAUGACUGUGAUCCGGUGAUCGUACACCGCGACCUAAAACCUAGCAAUAUACUCCUCGACGCCGAUUUCGAGGCGCGCGUGGCUGAUUUCGGCGUCGCGAAGCUGAUUCAAUCCGAUGAAUCUAUGUCCGUCGUCGCCGGAUCGUACGGUUACAUUGCACCAGAGUAUGCAUACACACUCCAAGUGGAUAAGAAGAGUGAUAUCUAUAGUUACGGAGUGAUAUUAUUAGAGAUAAUAACCGGAAAAAGAUCGGUCGAACCGGAAUUUGGAGAAGGUAAUAGUAUUGUGGAUUGGGUUAGAUCGAAGCUGAAGACAAAAGAAGAUGCGGAGGAAGUUCUAGACAAAAGCAUGGGUAGGUCGUGUAGUAUCACAAGAGAAGAGAUGAAACAAAUGUUGAGGAUUGCAUUGUUAUGCACAAGUCGAAAUCCAACAGAUCGGCCACCGAUGAGAGAUGUGUUGUUGUUUCUUCAAGAAGCAAAGCCCAAGAGGAAGACAGUAGGAGUCGACAAUGUUGGCAGUGUUAGUUUCGAAGAUGUUUGUGGUGGUGGUGAUGUUGUUAAAUGUCAAAAGAUUGGAGCGUGA